CUUUAUCCAUAUAAAGAUUAGUUCUUUUGCAGGAGUUGGGUCCUCUGCCUUAAAUGAAAACCCGAAGUUAAAAUAGCAUUAAACUGUCCACCGAAUAAGCUAGCAGUAUUCUUUUCUUUUCUUUUCUUCCUUGUUGCUUUUACCUGGGCGUAGAGCAUAUAUUCCAGUCUUUCUUUCUUCUAUUUCAGAGUCAUUCAUACUCUUUUUCUUGCACCUUCCUUCAAAGCAACCUGCUUUAUUUGUUUAUUCUGCAUAUAUGUAUCUCCUUUUUCUGAUGUUUACAUUAGGAAAGAUGAGAUGGGCAUUAAGUUUUCCAGGGGCAGGAUCCGCCCUAGUGCUCGAGGAUAUGGCAUAAGUAGCAGAGAACUUCAUCCAGAUUACCCAAGAGCUCCACAUCCAGAUUACCCAGGAAUUUGGCAACCAUUUUACCCAGGAAUUCCG